AUGGCACCGAAAUCAGCGGUCACGUCGCCGGUCCAAAAGUCUCCACCCUGUCACAUUCCUUCAGCCCACGACCUGGAAGAACAACUAGCCAAUCUGGCCGUACAUUGUCAACCACAAGAUCACGAUGAUGAGCUGCAACUGAAAUCAAGUCGCAAAUCAUCAGCCGUUCAUCAGAAUCUUCAACAACCAACUUCAUCAACAGCUGAGGCAAAGGCUUCGGCUGAUGCUGAGGCUUUGGCUGAGGCUUCGUCUAAUGUUGUUGUAUCUGAUAGAAUGGAGAAUGAAGCUUCGUCUUCCGAAUUUAGUAAAAGUGGAAAUCCGAAUUUUGUUUUGAGUCAACCACCGCCAAGAAGAAGACAGGCUUCUGAAGGCAUUGAUACGCUGCAUAGAAACUCGAUGAAAGACGAGCUUAAACCUGCCAGUAAAACCCUGCCUCUGCCUCCAAAGUCACAAAUUACUUUAGGUAAGAGUAGUUUUUAGGCAAUAAACAAAAUCAAAAAAACAAUUUUAUUUUAAAAAAAAUUAAAAAAUUCAAAAUUUUGUAUUACAAAUUACCAUUUUAAAACUUUUUUUUCAAAUAUCCAUUAAUACGACCUCUUUUUCAGACCUAGUAAAACGUGCCUCACCUUGCCCUUCAACCUCAUCUUCAGUAGUCGAUGACGCUCCACCUCAAGUUCCUCCACGUCGCUCGUCACGCGAGUACGGGUCCCAAAACCUCUAUCAACAUAGUGUAACAUCUCACAGUGAACGCAAUCGCUCCCCAUCACCCAAGUCACCAGCCCCAACUAAAUCAUUGAGUGGAGAGAAUACAGUACCUCCACGACCUCCAAAGCCUCCAGGCAUGUCCAGAUUCCCAUCGUUAGCUUCGGUACGAUCUCCAUUGCCGCCAAUGGACGAGGAAAGUGAUCUGAAGGCCCCACCUCUACCGCCAAAGCCUGGCCACAAACACAAGGUCAGUGAGGUGAGGCCAAAGGUGGAGCAGAUCUACGAUGCUCCGCCUUUGCCUCCAAAGCCUUCAGCUAAACUGAAGUAG